UUUCGAGGAAGGAGAUUUCCGCACUUCUUUUACAUUUUAUUUUCGUUAUGAAAAUCUGUUUAUGAUGGAAUAUGUCUAUAAGACAUUGUUAACCACUAGUUUUAGAAGGUGUCCUUUGUUUUCUGUUCCCCGAGAGACUGGCGCUGGCUUGCUAAAGACGCCUCUUGUGUGGGUGUUGCUGGGUUUGUGUGACUUGCUUGUCACACUGAUAUGGCGAUCUUCGACCCAACCAGCAGUUGGGAAUCGACAAAGAGCAGAGUCGUGGCUUUUCACAAUGCUAAGGGUUAUUCACUUAUUGUUGAAAAGCUGCUGGUUGGCACACUGGCUGUGAUGGUAAAGCCAUGGCUUUACCUAUCAGCGGUUUGAUUGGACUGUACGAAGUCAUCAAGACGUUUGUGAUGCAGAGGUACCGGCUGACCGAGCUAGAAGAAGAUGAGUAACAGUGGUGGAGUGACCCGCUUCUGUCAAUAGGACACAAAUAACAGCCGAGUAACCAGAGGAGUGACCUUUUUUUUUUUUUUUUAAUUACCCGGUCUUUCUGCUAUAGUGGGGAUGGUAUGUUUUUUUUUUCCUUUUUGUAACCUGGAUUUCCUGCUAUAGGGGGAUAUGAUUAUGAUAUGAGCAUUCUCCCCUUGCAGAGGACUGACUGAGUUGUGUCACGAGGAGACAAAUACCGGCAAAGGAAGCAGAGGAGUGACUGACACUCUUCUGUGAAGACGAGAGAGAGGAGACUAUUAACAGCAGAGGAGCGACCCACCCACUUCCUUCCGUCAAGAAAAGGAGGCGAAUAACAGCAGAGGAGCGGAGGGAGUUAGUACUGUGAAAAGGAGAGUAAGUGAGAAGAGAUGGACCGAAAGCCAUUACUCGGGGCCCAAGAUGCAGACCAGCGGAGUCGGUACGAAGCCUAUCCCUAUCACAAUCCCAAUCCAGCAAGCACUCAGAGGUUGUACCCGCCGCCAACGGCGCCUCCCUACCCUGGAGCGGUGGUUAACUAUGACCAUCGGUAUGUCGGGCCUGGCGCCUCGCCACCUCUGCAAUUGGUUGCGGGAAUACCCUAUGUUCCACCGAUGGCAGAUGAUUGCCAGCGUGUGUACAUUCCUCCUGACUGGACUUACGGUCUCUGCGAUUUCCACACGGACGUUCCCCUCUGCCUACUGACCUGGUUGUUCCCUUGCGUAACCUUCGGUCGCAACGCGGCAGCUAUCGACGACGGUGUUACGAGCUGUACGACUGCUGCUGCAGUUUGGUGCCUCCUUCAGUCCUUUUGCGGACUGGCCUGCCUUUAUUCUUGGGGCUUCCGGACAAAGUUGCGCAGAAAGUAUAAUCUUCCGGAAGAGCCGAUGCCGGACAUUCUCGUCCACUGCUGCUGCAUGCAUUGUGCUCUGUGUCAGGAGUACAAAGAACUGCGGUAUCGAGGCAUCGACCCUGAGGGAGGGUGGGGGCCGACGGCCGUCUACGGUGCCCCAACGGCUGCUCCGGGUCAACAAGCGAUGGGCGCUAGCCCGUAUGGAUUCAAUGCCCGAGGAGUGUAACUUUCCGAAAGAGCCGACGUUGGAAAUCCUUCAUUGUCUAUUGCUGGCCACUGGCUGGCGCUCUUAGGACCGGACUCCAGAGGGAACCAAGUUCAACCAACAAACCCCGCGGCAUUAACGCAGAGGAUUGCGCAAGUCUCAAAGGUCUGUAUUUGGAUUCUUUACAGUUGGUUGCUGUAGAAUUCCACUGCCCAUGGGCCUAAGGUAAUACACCAUAGGUGGUGUUGUUUUUUUUGUUUGUUUGGGCCUGAGGUAAUUAAUACAUACAACAUAGGGCUUUAUAUAUAUAUAUAUAGCUUUUUUAGGUGCAUUAGGGUGCUGCUUACAGCGGAGGGAUGUUGCAGUGGGUGCUUGUUGCUGCAUGUGGGUAAGUGAACACCUGUUUCCUUAGGUUGCGUUCAAAGAAUUGGCUCUUCUGGCCAGUGCCAGAGAUUCUGGUCCACUUUGUGAAUGUCUUUUGAUGUGAAUAUGGACCAGAUUCUCUUGCGCUGCGAUUGGAGCGAAGGGCAUUGUGCUGGCGGUCGUGGUGGUUAUGGUCGUGGUGGCGAUGGUCGUGGUGGUGGUGGUCAACUACCUACCGUCUGCGCCCAAAUAGAACUCCCUGUCGUUAUCAUGGUAUCUAGUCAGAAAACUGCCCCAAAUACAGCUAUAAUCACUGGGUGUUCUAUUCGGGAGAAGAUGGUAGGUAGUUUACCACCUAUACCAUCUUAUACGCCAUCGGCACGGACGGAUGGUGAGGUUCAAUGGCUGGCUGUGGCCUGCUUGUAGGUUCUAAGGUGCAUCGGCAGAGGAGGCAUGAAAGUGCGACUAACUAGGGGAUACGAGGGGAACCGAUAUUCCGUGGCAGCUGUUGAGGUUGUGGUUUGUUUUGGAUGGCGCGAUGGCAGAACUUCAAAAAAACUGUCAUCAUGGUUUGUUCGUCGCAAACAAUGAUUUUGGGACCGGCGUGGUUCCGAACGGCUCUGUGGUGAGUCAGGAUGUGCAUCGCCGUUCCGUUGACUGGGUUUACGUCUACUUACGACAUCAGGAGAGACAUAUUGUCGGUUGCAGCGUGUGCAAGCGUUCACUGCAUCAGAGAGUCACAGAGUGGGAGCGGAUGUUCGUUGUGUUGCUGCAUGCGGUGGCGGAGAUUUAUCGCAGUGCGGUAGUAUGGGUCAGUUGAUAGUAGUAUGGUCUCGCUCCAGCACUCGCCAAGUGUGCAAAAUGAGAACGAAUCUCCUGCUAGAACAUGGGAAAAUGCACUGCCAUAUUUUUUGUCGUUUGUGCACGUGGUGAGGAGUGGACCGAGGCCCGUAGUCAUGCAGUGCAGCAGGCGGUCCUUUAUAUGAAGUGCCAUCUUGAAUCCAUCUCCUGCUGUGUAGGUGUGUGUGUAGGUGUGUGCCAGCUGGUGGCGACAGGGGGGCGGGGUGCAUAUGGCUGUCUUAUUUUGGGAGGCGGACAACACACAGAGAGAGAGAGAGAGAGAGAGAGAGAGAGAGAGAGAGAGAGAGAGAGAGAGAGAGAGAGAGAGAGAGAGGUUGUUUCAGAAAGGAAUUUGUAUUGUGUAGGUAGGAUUCUUGGAGUGAUGAUGUUCCUUGUUGUGGAUAGACAGAUCUCAGAUGGAUUUGUUGGCGGGGCGUGGAUGUGCAUUUUGUUGUUUAUAUAGAGUUAUGAUUGUUAAAGAUCUCUGGAGAGGUGAUGAGUUGAGGAGGGAAGCUGGAAGCUAGAUACAGUGGAAGUGUUGGGGGACUUUCGAGAAAGAGUUGCAGGUUGUUCUCGAGGGAGAAGAAGUCACUGCAGAGGUUGGUAGGGAGAUCAGGGGAGAGAGAGAGAGAGAGAGAGAGAGAGAGAGAGAGAGAGAGAGAGAGAGAGAG